CAUUCCCCUAGAGCACACAGAAAUCCUAGCUCUCUUGAUUUUGCCCCCGAGCUAUUACGUCUGGCCCCCAGACUAAGACUGGGCAUACCAAAGACUGACUGUGCAGUGUUUAGCCUGACCAGAGAAAGAUAUACACUGUACAGGAUAAUGAUAAGAGGACCUGGUCUACUGGUCCUGCUGUUGGUGGGAGCCUCCCUCAUGAGUGCUGUUAUUGCCACAAGUUAUAUAGAAAACUGCCAUCAUCCUGAUGCUGUGAACAUUAGUGCUGCAGUGGGAACCAUCAACUCUACUCAGGUGGUCACAGUACAAUGGGACUCUACUAUUCGUCCUCUAUACAGAGAAUAUUAUUGUCUUGGCUCUCGCAGAUAUUCUGUAUAUGUGUUGACGUUUGGGCAAGAACAGCUUGAUGAUUACGUAGACAAUGGUCCCGUGAUGUCAGUACCAUCAAUGUUGUACAUCAACACCAACAAGCCACGGGAAACACACUAUACACUCCCCCCGCCAGUCAGGAGAGACCUCUACUACAUUUUCCAGAUACAGAACAGACGUAGUACGGUAUAUACUGGAGUAUCCUACCUCUACAAGCAGUUCACCUCUCCCAUCUUUUACUUUGGGGAACAAAGAUCUCCCUAUUUCCUGGAGAGUGAUGACAUCACACUGACAGUGAGUAAGGGGGACACUGUCACUAUACAGUGUCCAGCUGGAGGUGCCCCACCCCCUCAUGUCCUCCUCAUACGUGAUGGCCGUGUGUUGGGUACAAUAACAGAAACUGGAUAUCAGAUAACUGUGUCAGUGUCUGAUGUUGGGGACUAUUACUGCUCUGCCUCCAGUAUUCAUGUGAACCCUCCACACCUCAAGAGACGUCUCACUGUUAACAAAAAGGUCACCAUCAAGUUAGCAGUGUCCUUGGAACCUAACCCUAAUCAAUCUUCUUGUCAAACUUACAACAGUCGUAUGUGUCGUAACUAUAUCCAUGAAGAUACCAAUGUCCUGGUCAAUAAUGAAACAGAGGUGUUGGAAAGCACCAUUCGUAAACAGAUUGGGUUAAUAAAUACCUACACCGCCACUCACUAUGCUAACCUGACCUACGUGGCCACUGGUAUCACUGAAGAAACCAUUGAUCAAUGCUCUGACUUUAUUCGAGGCAUUGCUUGUAACAGUGUUUACCCUUAUUGUGACGCCAGCUCUACCAAUAGUCAUCCUGUACCACGACCUCUCUGCAAGCACACUUGUGAUAUUCUCAGAGCUGAAGGAUUCUGUAGCUUUUUUCUGGACCAAUCUUUCCUUGAGGAGUACCGUUAUCAACUCUCUCCAUUGCGUGACGCUCUGUUUGCUAGCUGUGAUAAUCGCACUACCCCUGGAGGAGAGAGCCCAGAGUGUAUCUAUGUGUCCUUAGACAGUCCUGUGGUAGAUAGCCUUGGUGAGGAUGUAGUGGAACAAUUGGAGUGUGUUAAAGGCAAUGGUAGAAGUUACGCUGGUCACCUCUCACGCACUAUCAGUGGGUUACCUUGUCAGUCCUGGUACUCACAGUCACCCAACGCCCACUCUAUUGUCCCUGCUCACUUCCAACUGGAGCUGUAUGGUGCUAACUUCUCUUGUCGUAACCCAGGUGGACUAGGGGAGCGACCAUGGUGCUACACAGCUAGAGGCAGUGGGCGGUGGGAAUACUGCAACCCUCCACAUUGUCAUACUUGUGAGAUGUAUGGUGGUCAGUUCUGCUCCUCACUGUCUGGCUACAGAGAGAGAAGUGUGUACGUGAAUCGUGAGGGUUGGAGCAGUGUAUCACUGGGUGAUAUAGAGGGGAGCAUGGUGGGCCUGUAUCACAGUCUAGGGGGAAAUGGACUGAGCCCUGCCUGUCAAAAUGCUCUCACUCUCCUUAUAUGUCAUGGAUCACUGCCAUUCUGCAAGGAAGGAGGUUCUCCUAGUCCCCUGUCCUCUUGUGUGGACCACUGCACACUGGUAGACGAGAUUAGGUUAGCCUGUCCUGUCAAGGUCCUGUCGGAGCUGACGUCACGUUGGAACUCUACUCAUCGUGUAACUCAACUACUAGGCCCUGAUUGCAGCCUCUUAUCUGGUCAGCACUGUAUGCCCUCCCCCACAACCAUCACCACCACUCAAGCUGUUAGCAAUUGCUACAACAGCAGGGACUAUGGCCAGAGCUAUGGUGGCCCACACUCACACACUGUAUCUAACCUGCCUUGUAUGGACUGGAGCGAGACUAACACUAGUUUCACUGCUACUCUUUACCCGGAGCUAGUGGGAGCUGGUAGCACAUGCAGGAAUCCAGGACAGUGGGCCAAAGCUCUGUGGUGCUUCAACAACCAGGGCUUAGUUGAGCCAUGUCUGGUUGAAUCAUGCUCCACUGUUGGUGAGGGUACCACAGCGGAAUCUGUUGAUACUGAAGUACUUAUUCAGAGCUCAGCUAUGCCAACAUUGUCCACUGCACUAGGUGGAGCAAUUGGUACACUAGUACUAUCAAUUCUUCUUGUAUAGCUAUUAAUUGAUGUGUGAACGAGUCUGAACAGAAUUAAUAUACUCAUGACGAUCAUACUACAUUAGAUUCCCUCAGUUGUACUGUUUUUGGUGUAGCUAGAUCUUUUCUUAUUCAUUUUGCUGUGUUUACAUUGAUUUUCUGUUGCUAAGGACUUGUACAUGGCUUCAUUUGUGCCUCCCGCCCACACGUUUAUGAUAUGGCAUAUGACACUGCUAGAUGUGCAUGGCCUGUCCCUAGCUUCAAAAGGAAGGACUUGUUUCAAACUUA